AUGCAACGCAUGAAAGCGCAGCUCUACCGAUUAUGGCGAACUGCUUUCUUCGAAUCGGUUAUUGGCUCUCUUCGAAUCGGUAGUGGCUCUCUAUUUUCGGACAAUCAAAUAAAAAAGGUAUUUUUUAAAUUUGCUGGAUCCGGCAUCUACGAUCGCGUGCAUCGCGCCAGCAGCUGGGACCAAGAGGGUCCUGACAUAGCGACCGCGCCAGGUCCCCCUCCGAUGGCUAGGAAUACUUCUUGGGUGCUCGCGAACAACGUUAUGCCCACCAUCGUUUACCAGGGGCUUCAACCCUCUAGCCAUCCGGUUCUUAUGAGCGAGAGUGACCAACUGAUAUCGCGAAGUCCCCGCUGAACUGUGACCGCGCCCCUGCUCCUGGACUGUGACAGCCAUGAUGCCGCUGAGUCGACAAUCUGGCGUCCCGUCCGAUGCAGCAGGGACCUGUGAUGGACGGCGGAAUUGUUGGUUCACGACCACGGGAAAUAAUAUCGGCAACUGCCCAUACAUACGCCACCGUAUCAAACACUGGGCUUCAGCUUCGAAAAGCAGGACUGACCUACGCUUUGCUCCAAAUCGUGUCGUAUCCGAGUACUCCCCGCUAGACGGAGUCCUAUCAAAGUAUGCCAGCCGGACAGAAUCGUAUCCCAGAAGGACAUAAGGGCACCCCUUGCAAAAUGCGAGCCAAAAAGCCAACGUCAUCCUUCGACCUGGCCAUCGACAACAACGAUUUUGACUAUGGCAACCAAGACAGGGGCAACGCAGGCUACUAGACUCUAGAUAGGUAUCAUUGUUGUUAGGUUUAAGGAUAUACGCGUCUAUAUAUUUAGAUACUAGAUAUUAUUUCCACUUGCUUAUUUAUUUCUACUAAGCUAAGUUAUAUUGAA